AUGCAAGUGGUUGAGACAUCUUCUCCAGAAUGUUUACUUAUGUCAUCUGAUACAAGUUCUUCAGGAAGCAAAAUGGAUCCUUAUCAAAUAUCAGAUAGCGACAGCUGUAUUGGAGAUGAUCAUGAGGAAAGCAUGGAAGAUUUACCUGUUGACAAGGAAAAGAAAUUCUUGCAUUUAGUGGAAAUGGGAUUCCUGAUAGAUGAUGCUUCAUUAGCUUUGGAGAAAUGUGGUCCAGAUGCUUCAAUUACAGAACUGAUGGACUUUAUAUCUGCUACACAAAUAGAAAAGAUCACUACUGAUGCUCAUCUACAGGAGUCAGAUUAUCCAAUUUUGAAUGAAAAUGAGCCAGGGCCAAGUCAUUUCCCUAGUGCUCCUCAUCCAGACAAGAAGAGGAAGCUCUUUGAAGCAGAGGAGAUAUGGGAAAAAAAGAUUGAUUCGCAGAGGAGAAGGAAAAAGGAAUCCACCUAUAAGAAAGUAAAGAAACCUGAGCUGCAAGAAGAUGAAGAGAGUGUUAGACUACCAAAACUCUUGAUUGGGUUUGGAGUUCCAAAUAUGCCAAGACCAGUAUUUAAUAGGAAAAUCCCCUCACAAGCCAUUAGUCUUCCAUACUUCUAUUUUGAAAAUGUGGCUUGUGCUCCUAAAGGUGCUUGGGAUACGAUAUCUCGUUUCUUAUGGGAAAUUAAACCUGAGUUUGUUGAUUCUAUGUAUUUCUGUGCUGCUGCAAGAAAAAGAGGCUACAUUCAUAAUCUUCCAAUUCACAACAGAUUUCUUCUCCAACCUAUUCCACCACUCACAAUUCAAGAAGCAUUUCCAUUAACCAAGAAGUGGUGGCCUUCAUGGGAUAAGAGAACAAAACUAAAUUGUUUAACAAGUAGCCAUGGCAGUGCAAAAGUGAUAAAAAGGAUAAGACUGGCCUUAGAAAAUUGGGAUGAGGAACCACCUCUGAGGAUCCAAAAAUACAUUCUUUUUGAAUGUAGAAGGUGGAAUUAUGUUUGGGUUGGAAAGAACAAAGUUGCCCCUCUUGAGCCAGAGGAAAUAGAGAUGCUCAUGGGAUACCCUAAAUACCACACUAGAGGGGGUGGAACCAGUUUGACAGAUAGGAUUAAAGCUCUUGGUAAUUCAUUUCAGGUAGACACAGUUGCUUUCCAUCUUUCAGUCCUGAAGAAUAUUUUUCCAAAUGGUAUUUCAGUACUUUCUCUCUUCUCUGGUAUUGGUGGUGCCGAGGUAGCUCUGCAUCGGCUUGGAAUUCCUCUGAAGAAUGUUGUUUCAGUUGAGAUUUUAAAAGUUAACAGAAACAUUAUUCAGAGUUGGUGGGAGCAAACAAAUCAGAAAGGAAAUCUGAUCCACAUUGCAGAUGUGCAGCAGUUGUGCCUUGAUAAGUUGAAGGGACUUAUGAAUUCACUUGGUGGGUUUGAUCUUAUAAUUGGUGGAAGCCCAUGUAACAAUCUUAGUGGCAGCAAUAGGGUGAGCAGAGAUGGGCUUCAUGGUGAACACUCUGUUUUGUUCUUUCAUUAUUUCCGCAUUUUAAAUGAUGUUAAGAUUUUGAUGCGUAAUGGUUGAUUAUUGGGCUCA